CGCGCGACUGCGCAGGCGCAAGAGGGUGGUACCAAGGCGGUUGUGACAUGGGGGGGCGCGGAGGAGACGCCGGAAGUAGCGGUGGUACGGGUCCGAGCAGGGGGUAUUCACCGCCUGCCGAGUCCACCCGUGCGGCGGCAAGAGCAAAGGGCCGAGGAGGUGGGCGUGGCGGCCGCCUGAACACAAGCCCCUCAUUUCGCUCUUCGCGCGGAGCGGCGCCUCGUCGCUCCUCUCCACCAGCUGCGAUGAGCGAGCGCCUCCGCCCCAGGAAAAGGAGAAGGAACGGCAAUGAAGAAGAUAAUCAUCUCCCACCCCAGAGCAAAAGGAGUAGUAGAAACCCUGUCUUUCAGGAUUCCUGGGACACAGAGUCUUCGAGCAGUGACAGUGGCGGGAGCAGCAGCACCAGCAUCCAUAGCCCAGACCGGGCUAGUGGGCCAGAGAGCGGCUUAAGCCAGGUCAUGCCCGGAUCCAGCCCCAACACUCCUCAGCCCAUGCCUGAGCAGUCUGCCCUGUGCCAAGGCCCUUACUUCCACAUCAACCAGACCCUGAAGGAGGCCCACUUUCACAGCCUACAGCACCGAGGACGGCCUCUGACAUGAUGCACCAGAAGUUUCUUACCUUCUGUGAAGGGACAGUGCUGUGCAGAUUUGAUACUUCAACUUAGGAUUUGUUUUGAAAAAUUGCACACAGAAAAACCUGCCUGUUGGCUUUUCAGUCUAUUUGAAAUAACAGGUUAACAGGCAAUUGUUUACUUGUGGUUCUGCUGCACUAUUGCAAUUUCAAAGGGGCUUCGAAGCAAUUUUUUAUAGGAUUCUUUUGAGGGAGGGUAUGAUCCAUGUCAAGGUAGUGGUGUGAGGAAAUUUCAUCUGUGUGUCGCAUCCAUAGUGUGUCCAAUUCAGACUGAUUUCUCAAUCGGUCACCUAGAAGUUCUACUUUAUGUAAAAGGAUCUUUUAAAAGUGCGGGAUCUUCAAUUUUUUUAAUUCAGUAAACUAGGGAAGAGUAUCUAGUUUCCAUGAAAAAACUCGUUUUCCAAAAGAUAGGAAGCUUGAUUCAGUCUUGCACUGAAAUUAAUUGCCAUACUACCUCUUAGUAUAUAGACAUCCUAUGGAAAGUACUCUGUCUGUUUUAACAGAACAAUCAGAUCCAAUUUACUGUGGAAGUGAAGCACCCUCCCUAGUGACGGUCUCCACUCUUUGUUAUAUAUUUGUACUUCCAGGGAGAAUGUCCUUCAGACUCUUGGAUAGCCAGAUAACUUCUACAUCACUAUUCCUCCAGAGU